AACGGCCUUCUCGCAGAUGAUCAACUCAAACUCAAAGUCGCGACGCCCAGAGCAGACCUCAUUUAUGAGCUGCAAAGCGACGCGACGAGACCGACAGACAUGGAGAAGAACAAGGUGGAGACGUCUUCGCCCCCGUGGCGUUGCGGUACAAUGAGCCCUGAGCGCGCCAGCGACGAUUCACCGCCGAACAACUCCACGGGAUCCAGCCCCGGAAAUGCCUCGCCGAGUCUAACUAGCGACCCUGGCGGUCUCAAUCCAGUACAAGUGAGCACACCGUCUAAUGAAAAUGACGACGAGGCUGCCUCGGAUUUUGGGGGGCGUGAAGCCGACGGAGAUUCGGCGUAUGGAGGAGAUGAUUCAGCAAAUCGCUCGGAAUACGCUUCCCUCCUCUCUGAAGCAAGAGACUAUGUUUUUGAAAAUGGCAGAAGGUACCAUGGCUACAAAGAAGGCCGCUACAUGUUACCAAACGAUGAGACUGAGAUGGAUCGAGAAGACAUGAAACAUCACAUUUCGAUGUUGAUCACAGAAGGUCGACUGCAUUUAGCGCCAAUUGGGAACCAUCCACAGCGUGUUGUUGAUAUAGGAACGGGAACAGGCAUAUGGGCUAUCGAAUUUGCGGACGCAUAUCCUUCGGCUCAAGUGAUUGCAACGGAUCUAAGUCCAAUUCAACCCACCUGGGUUCCUCCAAAUCUCAAUUUUGAAAUAGAUGAUGCCGAAGACGAAUGGCUCUACAAAACAGACAGUCUUGAUUUUGUCCAUUGCCGCUAUUUAUUUCAUGGCAUCCGUAAUUGGCCAAAACUUCUCGAUCAAGCAAUGCGGGCUCUCAAGCCGGGUGGCUGGAUUGAGAUUGUUGAAAUGCAUGUGAUUCCAACGUCAUAUGAUAAUUCAUUGCCUGCGAAUUCUCAGAUCCAGGCUUUCUACGACGUCUUGGCUGAAGUUGGGCAGGGCAUUGGCAUUGACCUGGCUGUCGCGCAAAAGUUUCAGGGGAUGCUCGAAAAAGCAGGAUAUGAAGAAGUUACCGAGACUGUCUUUGAUUUGCCCCUCGGUGGCUGGAUGCCUGAUAGAAGGAUGCGCGAGGUUGGAUUGUUCCAGCAAUAUCAGAUGACGGAAGGGAUCCACGGUAUUGCGUUUGGCCUGCUCACCCGUGUUGCCAAGUGGGAUCCCGUAAAGGUUGAGGUUUUCCUCGCUGCUGUGCGGCGAGAGAUGAGAGAUCCAGCUGUUCAUUCGCAAUAUUACUUGUAUUUUGUUUACGGGAGGAAGCCUCAAUAGGAAAUAUCAGCAGCUUUGUAAUUGCUGUAUCAUAGCGACUGUGGG